CAUUGCAUCGCAAUGGAGAAAAAAGAAGACCCGGAAUGCUCUUCUGCUGAAGUUGAUAAGAGUGCCAAGGAUGAGUUCCAGGAGUUGCUCCAAACAGUUGAACAACGGGUGAGUUCGUAUGGGUUACAGCUCUAUGCUGUUAUGGAUGUUUCGACCUAUAUUAGCUGCUCGAAAGCACUUCAAAGCAAAAGACACAGAUAUAAUAUUGUCAACCAUGCCUAAAUCAGUAACCACCUGGUUGAAAGCCCUCACGUUUUCCAUUGCCAACCGCAGUGUUUUCCCCAUUGACCAAACUCCUCUACUCACUUCCAGUCCUCACAUGCUUGUGCCUUUCCUAGAAUUGAAUGUCUAUUGGGGGCAAGAAAUUCCUGAUCUGGAAACCAUCCCAUUCCCCAACCCAAGAAUUUUCUCAACAAACAUGCAUUUCAAAUUGCUUCCCGAUUCCAUUCGUGAAAGUGACUGUAGAAUUAUCUACAUCUGCAGAAACCCAUUGGAUCAGUUCGUUUCACACUUUCUUUUCUCCGUUGAAAACAAGUUUGGAAAAGAUGCAGACCUAGCUGCCAUAAAUGAGGCUUUCGAAAUGUAUUGCCAGGGAAUUUCCUCUUUUGGGCCAUUUUGGGAUCAUAUCCUUGGAUAUUGGAACGCACAUUUGGAGAAUCCAGGGAAAGUGUUGUUUCUCAAGUACGAGGAUCUGAAAGAGGAUAUCACGUUUCAGAUAAAGAAGAUUGCUGAAUUUAUGGGGUUCCCUUUCUCACUAGAGGAAGAAGAACAAGGCCUGAUAGAUCAAAUCUCAGGGCUAUGCAGCUUUGAAAGUCUCAGAAAUUUGGCUGUCAACAGGACAGGCGAUAUUAAUGGUAUUCUGAAAAAUGCAUCCUUUUACAGGAAGGGACAAGUUGGAGACUGGACCCAUUAUCUGACUCCUGCUAUGGCUGAAUGCAUGAAAAAGCUCAUGGAUAGCAAGUUCGAGGGCUCCGGUUUAAUGUUCAGGACUUAAAACAAACAAGAGUAAUUAAGCAACUGCUCAGUUAUUUGUGUUUGUUAUGUCAUUUGAUGACCUUUUUUUCUGUUUCUGUUGGCAUCUAUUAAUAAAACCACAGUUGGUGAGAAGAUGAGGAUGGUCGUUGCCUGUUGAAAGCUUUUGUACCAUCACGAGUAUUGAUUUUAUGUAACAUGUUUAAGGUACUUUCCUUGCAAUAUUAAAGUUAUACUGUUC